GCUUAGUGGUGAUUCAUUCGUUCAUUAGCUGGCAUUUCAUCUGUUUUUUAAUAGCACAUUCUGCUCGUAGGGCAGGAUGAUGGAAGAACCAUUAAGUCAAGGUGCUUCACCCUCUGGUGAUAGCAAUUUUUCUGGAAGCGGAGAAUUAAGUUCUACUACUAUAAUGAGUAUAGAUGAAAGAAUGCUAGAUAUUAAUACAAGACAUUCUUUAAAUGUUCUUCGAACACCACCUACCAAAAAAGCAAAAAGAGUGAGAUUUUUUAGAAAUGGAGAUAAGUUUUAUAAUGGUAUUGUAAUGGCUGUAACUCCAGAAAGAUAUCGUAGUUUUGAUAGUUUAGCUUCAGAUUUAACAAGAGCUUUAAUAUCAAGUGUUACUUUACCUAAUGGUGUUAGAGCAAUUUAUACUAUGGAUGGAAAAAAAGUUCAAAGUAUUAAUGAUUUGGAAGAUGGUAAAUGUUAUGUAGUAUCUGGACAGGGAGAAAUUUUCAAAAAAGUGGAAUAUUCAUCUACCAAAGUAAGAAGAGGCAGUUCUUUGUCUGGGUUACCACAAUCUCCAGCAGGUACUGGUAGACAAAUGAGUGCAAUACCAUUAUGUGUGAAAGCAAAAAUAAUUACUUUAAUUCGACAUGGUACAAAACCACGCAAAGUUGUACGUCUUUUGUUAAAUAAAAGAAACGCUCCAAGCUUAGAGCAUGCAAUGGCAGCAAUCACAGAAGCUGUUAAAUUAGAUUCUGGAGCAGUGAGAAAAGUCUAUACUCUCUCAGGACUACAAGUUAUCUCUUUAGAACAAUUUUUUGAGAAUGAUGACAUUUUUAUUGCUUAUGGUGCUGAAAAAUCAAACCAAGAAGAUUUUGAAUUAGAUUUUGAAGAAUCUAAGAGUGUUCAAAGUUUUCGAAGAUGUCCAUGGACAUCAAAAAGACAAAGUGGUCCAAUGCCUAGAAUGCCUCGUAAAUCUGGAAAAAAAGUGCUUACUACACCACAAGUGCGAACACCAAGUCCUUCUUCCCUAAUAUUACCACAACCAUUACGUUUACAUUAUGCAGUAGGGCAUGUAAUAGGAGAUGGUAAUUUUGCAAUUGUUAGGCAUUGCAUUCAUAAAUCAACAAAUACAGAAUAUGCAUUGAAAAUUGUGGAUAAGUAUAAGUGUCAAGGUAAAGAAACAAUGUGGGCAAGUGAAGUGUCAAUUUUACGACAAGUUUGUCAUCCAAAUAUUAUUAGUUUGAUCGCAGAACAAGAAACUACAGAUCAACUGUUUUUAGUUAUGGAACUUGUAAAAGGUGGAGAUUUGUUUGAUGCAAUUGCUGGAGUAACAAAAUUCUCAGAAGCUGAAGCUAGUGUAAUGAUCGGUCAUUUAAUAUCUGCAUUGGCCUAUUUGCAUUCACAUCAUAUAGUACAUCGUGAUGUUAAACCUGAGAAUCUUUUAGUGGAAAUGGAUGGAAAUCAUGUUAGAUGUUUGAAAUUAUGUGACUUUGGACUUGCUCAAGUUGUAAGGGAACCUUUAUUCACAGUUUGUGGCACACCUACAUAUGUAGCACCAGAAAUCCUUGCAGAAACUGGAUAUGGUUUAAAAAUUGAUGUAUGGGCAGCUGGUGUAAUAUUAUAUAUUUUACUCUGUGGCUUUCCACCAUUUGUUUCAUUUACAAAUAAGCAAGAAGAAUUAUUUGAACGCAUUUUAAGUGGCCAGUAUGAUUUCAGAUAUCCAUCUUGGGAUAGUGUUUCAGACUCUGCUAAACAGUUGAUUUCAAAUAUGCUCCAGGCACAACCUGAAUUGAGAUUCAGUGCAGAAGAUGUACUUGAUCAUCCAUGGCUGAUGCAGAGCCUUCUAGGCGAGCAGACCACAGCAUCAACACCUACCAAUCCGAUGGAGCAACACAGGAAUCAGCGUAAGCCGAUGAAAUGGGAAAUGUUUGAUUUCGACUUCUUAAACAAUACAGUUCGAAGUAGCAGUUCGCAGGAUGAAGCUGAUGGUGAUUCUGAUGGCAGGACAAAUAUUAGAAACAAGCAAAGUGAAGUUAUAUCAUCAAUAGAAUCAAAAAGCAUUCACUUAUUUUAUGAAAAAAUCCAGAAAAAUUAA